GCAGAGUUUCGAGCUUACAAAGCUUACAAAAACCGUCCACGACCAAAGACUCCAAAGGUUCCAUUAAAGCCCAAAGUUUAUAAAAUACCUGGAAAGAAAAUCUCAAGAAAAGAGUUACAGAACAAAGAACGAUUCAACAGACUUAGUUUAGUGCAGAAUACAAAGCCAAAGAUCGUUAAGAAAACUGGAUUAACUUUGCGAGAAAAGCGUGAAUUAGAGUCCGAUACCGAAUAUAGAACAUCAAAUCGACGUGAAUCUAACGUAAGCCACGUUACGCUUCACACAGACCGAUGUAAUCUACAGAAUAGACAAGCUAGUGUCAGAGAAAGUAACGCUAAAGCAAGCGAACAAGCGCAUCUAAACGAGCAAAUAUCAAGUGUUUUAGGAGAUUCUAAACCUACUUAUCCAUCGCCGGGCUAUAACGGAAAGAGUGGACCUGAAAGUCCAUCGAAGGCACAGCCCGUUAACUUCCAUAAAAAGAAAAGGGACAUCCGAACGGCAGAAUUCAUCGUAAACAAUCUUAAACAGCAAAAGGACGCAGAGGAAGCAUUUCAAAGGAGGCAAGAACAAAAACUAAGUAAAAGCAACACUGUGUCACCUUUAAACAACAUAUCGUAUUCGCAAAAUAAUAUUGAUGAAGCGGUUGUAGACAAAUACAAACAUAACAGGCGAUCUAUUAUCGGUGAUAGGAUAGACGAAAUGGCGGAAAAUCAAACACAGGACAAUGAUGAGAACUAUGGUGAAGAGCACUAUCAAGAUCAACGCGACCCAUACAAUCAGGGUGUUGAAAAUGGUGAGGAAGAAAAUCGCUAUGACAAUGGUGAGGAAGACAAUCGAUAUGACAAUCGCGAGGAAGAAAACCGCUAUGACAAUGUCGAGCGAAAUGGAUACCAAGACGAGCAAUAUGAUAAUUUCGAACUAGAUCGACUUCCGCCCAUCGACGCGGGCCGGCAGCGGAAGCAACAGCCAGACCAGUCGUCCUAUGGCGCGCAUAGUUACCCCGGCCGGAAACCAGUCUAUGACCGGCUCUAUGACCCGAACUUCCGGGAGCGCAGAAGUCUUCCUCAGCGACCGGAAACAGUUUACUACAGAGACUUCAAAUCUCGACCUCCGAAGAACCUUGAGCACGUGAAAAGCAAGUUUAAGGAUCCCAGCUACUAUGAGCCUCGCGGGGAGUACGUCUUAGAAGAGCCCGACCCUGGGGCAGUUCCUUUCAAGGCGCACCCGCCGAAGGAAUUAGAACACGUGCAAAGUCGACUUUUGAAUCCUAAGAAGGAAGUACCGGAGCAGCCCGGAAAUGAGCGAGCAGUCGCCACGUUCCACGCGCAACUGCCGCAACAUCUAGGUCACGUGCAACCCAGGAUCUACGAUCCCAAAUACUUUGCCGAGAAGCCCCAAUACGAGGAGGAGGUGGUGAUACCGCAGUUCAAGGCCAGACUGCCCAAGAAACUGGGCCACGUGCAAAGUCGAAUAUUGGACCCAAAAUACUUUCAAGAGAAGCCCCAGCCGGAAGAAGAAAAAAUUGACACCGAGUUCCGGUCUAAACCUCCGAGGAAGUUAGAACACGUGACAAGUCGUAUCCUGGAGCCCAAGAAACCCAAGCCCGUGCCCUCUGAAGACGGUGAUACCUCUCCCGUACCCAGCUUCCGGUCUAAACCCCCUAAAUACCUGCAGCAUGUGGCAAGUCGUAUAAAGGACCCAGCAUAUUACGAGCCCAAACCAGCCCGACAAGACGACGGGGAGGAGGUCACACAUAAUGAGUUCAAGGCCAGACUGCCCGGGCACCUGCAGCACGUGGAAUCGCGAUUUCACGACCCAAAGUACCUUAAAAAGAAGUCUUCCCCGAUCCCCUUCGACGAACGAGAGGCCCAGAAUAUGAACACGGACUUCAAAUCAAAACAACCGAAAGCUUUACAGCAUGUGCAAAGUCGGUUUUUCGACGAAUAUAAGUCCACAUCACCCCGAUAUGAGCCGCCAUCAAUAGAACUGAAACAGAAGGGCAACAUUGUCGUGAUCAACGUUAAAAAGGAUACAAAACCCAAGUCGCAGGGGAACAAGGAUCGACAAGAACGUUCACGGGAGGUUAAUGGGUAUUCAGACAGUAGCCGGGAAAUUUAUUCCGAUCCAAGAGAAUAUAAGUCCAAAAACAGACAACAAGGGAGAGAAUCGCCAAGAAAUAACGACCAUCAAUUAGCUGAGAAGAAGGAGGUCAAACGAUGGAAGCCGCCAAAGAAACCGAAAACAGAAAAAAUUAACAAAGAGUUUUUUGAUUCCUGGGCCAUGACACCAACUCACGUGGUGACGACGCCUGUCAGCAAAGGGAGCGAGGACGUGUUCUAUAGAAACCGACAGGAAGUUGCGAACAUGUGGGACGGUUUUGUGAGAUCCGUCAAUAAGACUGGAGUAAAGAACGCGGUCGGUUCCGGUCGACAUUACAACUGAGGAACUACAUUAUGUGCUAAAGAAUUGGAUUUAUUUAAUUGUGUUAUCAUAUUUUUCGAAGCGAGUUCGUGUGAAUGUAAUGAUUAUGUGUUCACAUGUUGCGCAGCGCGUUUGCGGACACAACAUGUUGCUGAGUAGUUUCUUUAGCCCUAUCAAGACAGAAUCAAAUUACGAAAUACAGAUAAACGUGUGCUAAACCUAUAGUUGUAUUGGAACACUGUGGAAGGAAUAAUGUUUAAACCAUGCGCAUACAGUCAUAUGGGGUCAUUUUGUCAUGAACUCACGAGGUCAUGAACUCACACUCUUGAAUUUCUUAGCGAUGCCUUAAUUCCGUGUGUUACUAUCAGUUAAACAUGUGAUGAAUGCGCUGUUAUUACAAUUGAUUGUUUCUCAUGUUUUUCAUAAAGAUAAAUAAGAAUAAAGUGAUUAAAAUA